AUGUCAGAAAGUAUUAGGAAGCUGAAGGAAGUAUCUCCUCUCUCCAAGCUUGCACUUAAAGGGUCUUCUAAGGUCGUUGCGGAUUAUUUUGAAUUUGCAAUUAACGCCAUCUUAUUUCAAAGAGGAAUUUAUCCGCCAGAAGAUUUCCAUACAGUCAAAAAAUAUGGCUUACCAUUGCUCAUCAGCAGCGAUGAAGAGGUCCAGGAUUACAUCAAACAGAUUAUGAAACAAGUUAAAAAAUGGGUUUAUGGAAAGAAAAUUGUAAAAUUGGUUGUGGUGAUAGUGUCAAAAUCUACCGCCGAAAACAUAGAGAGAUGGGAAUUUAGCAUUGAUAUUUUAAAAGAACCAGGACAGGAAAUAGGGCAGGAUAUCACGGGUGAUACUGGCAAGGAUAUUCUGGAAACUCAAAAGGAGAUCCAAUCGAUCAUAAGACAAAUAACGUCCCUGGUUUCCUAUUUGCCAAUUUUAAAAGACGACGAUUAUACAUUUAAUGUACUAGUUUAUACAGACUCUAAUUAUGAGGCUAGCAAUAUACCCUUAGAAUGGUGUGAUACAAAUGGUGAUGGGAAACUUCUCGAAGGCGACGAUGUGGAAAGGGUCAAGUUUACGUCGUUCAGUACAGAUAUCCAUCAGGUGGGAACGUUUGUCAGUUACAAGUUGAGUAAAUAG